UAUCUGUCAAUAUGGAACUUCUAGAUAUUAUGAAAAACUUAACUAUUAAACAUGUCCCAAGUGAAAGUGAACAGCAGUUGUUUAAGUCCAUUGCUGCAGAUAUAGAUGAUGUACCUACAGAAGUAGUAUAUGCAGAGUAUUCUGAUAAAAUUAUGCUUAUUGUAUCUCAAUAUCACAAGAUCGGAAGCAUGCUAACCAUAAAAAAAGAGCAAGUUUUUGAUGGUUCUGUAGUUACUGGUUCUUUUUAUACAACAAAGGUUAUUUUUGGUGAUGCAGGAGAAGAGCAAAGCGUUGCAGCAAGAUACUUGGCGGAAGCAAUUAAAAUUACAAAACCACUAAAUAUUUUUAUAAAUCUCAAAUCAUAUGACAUUGCAACAGUCAAAGCUUGUGAAGAAGUAAUAUUAAAUUUAAUUAGUAAAAGAGAAGCUUAAAAUGGCUACAGCAAGUGCAAAAAGAUUUAAGUCUGUUCAAAAAUACUAUGGUCAGCUGGUUUUGGGACCUCCAGGUGCAGGAAAAACAACUUACUGUGGAAAAAUGUCAGAACUUUUGAGGAAACUAGGAAGAAAUGUUGUGGUAAUUAAUUUAGAUCCUGCUAAUGAUGUAACAUCUUACAAACCAGACAUUGAUAUUAGACAACUAAUUGCUCUUGAAGAGGUGAUGGAUCAACACAACCUUGGUCCAAAUGGAGCUUUAUUAUACUGUAUGGAGUUUUUAGAAAAAAAUAUUGAUUGGCUGCUGAGUCAAAUUAAUGGUGAAAAUUACACCAACUACAUAUUUGACUUACCUGGGCAGGUAGAGCUGUAUUGUCACCAUAAAAGUUUAAGCAACAUAUUAUCUGAACUUAGUAGUGUUGGAAAUCUACAAUUUUGUGUUGUCCAUUUAGUGGACUCACACCAUUGUUCUGAUGCUGGAAAAUUUAUUGCAGCAUUAAUGUUAUCAUUGAGUGCAAUGUUAAAAAUUGGACUGCCACAUAUCAAUUUACUAACAAAAGCAGAUUUGUUAAAAAAGCAUAUGGAUAAACUGCAAUUUGGUAUAGAUUUCUAUACAGAAGUAUUGGAUUUAAAUUAUUUGCUUGACAGUUUAGAUACUGAUGCAUUUACCAGCAAAUAUAAAAAAUUGAACAGUGCCUUUGUUUCCAUCAUUGAAGACUAUAGUUUAGUUACUUUUCAAUUAGUUAAUUUGUUUAAAACUGAAAGUUUACUUAAUAUUCGAAAAUUAGUGGAUAAGUCAAAUGGAUAUGUGUUUAAAGCUGAAGAGGGUAGACACAUAAACAGUAUGUUAGCUUGUGCUAUGGGUGUCAGUGAACCAAUUGACAUUAAUGAACUUGAAUAAAAUGUGUUGA